AUGAUGUGCGGGGCGCCCUCCGCCACGCAGCCGGCCACCGCCGAGACCCAGCACAUCGCCGACCAGGUGAGGUCCCAGCUUGAAGAGAAAGAAAACAAGAAGUUCCCUGUGUUUAAGGCCGUGUCAUUCAAGAGCCAGGUGGUCGCGGGGACAAACUACUUUAUCAAGGUGCACGUCGGCGACGAGGAGUUCGUACACCUGCGAGUGUUCCAAUCUCUCCCUCAUGAAAACAAGCCCUUGACCUUAUCUAACUACCAGACCAACAAAGCCAAGCAUGAUGAGCUGACCUAUUUCUGA